AUGGAAUAAUAAACUAAUCAACUAUCUUGGAAAGCUUAGUAAAAUCCCAAAGAAUUGGAUUUGUCAUACUGUGUGUUUUUAUAGGACAAUGAAUUCAUAACUUAUUUAAAAUCACCUCAAGCUUAACAAAUGCAAUCAUUAAAUUUAUCACAUACGUUGUUAUCAGAUGCCUCCCUUUUAUAAUUGAGUUUCUUAAAUGCAAAAUCUUUGAAGUUUUUGAAUUUAAGUUAUUGUGUAAAUUUUACUGAGGGAGCAAUAGUCAAUUUAUUAAACUCAGAUACAAUAGUGAAUAUUGAAGUUCUUGAUUUAUCAGGUAAUCAAUUAUCUGAUGUUUGUUUAAAAUUUGUACUAUAACCAAAUAAAAUGAAAUCCUUGGCAUAGAUUAUUUUAAACGAUAUUGUAUUUAAUUGUUUAGUUAUAUAAUAUAGAAAAAAGGGCAGCAAGGCUUUUCAUACAAACUGUUUGAAAUACUAUCUUAAACCAAUCUCAAUAAGAGUUUGUUAAAUCUUAGUAUUGGUAAUUCUUUUGUAUAACCUGAUUAAUUAUAAAUGACAAAAGCUUAAACAAUAAUGAAUACAUUUUUUAAUAGAUUAAUGAAGGAAGAUCAUACGUAAAUUAUAAUAAAAUAUAAUUUUAGCUUCUUUUAUCAAUUAAGUCUAAAAAGUACAUAAAUAUAAACCUUAACACUUUAUAAAUGCGAAUUACUUACUAACAAAUUCAUAAAAAUGUUAUGUAGAAAUGUUGUAUUUAUGAGUUCGAUAAAAAUAUUAAAUAUUGGGCAUUGUAAAUUAUUAACAGAUAAAAUAUGUUAUUAUUUAUCUGAAGCUGGUGCAUCUGUUUAAAGAUUAGUAGACUUAGAAUUAUUGGGUUUGAAUAUAACAUAUGAUGGAUUAGAUAAAAUAAUGAAGAGCAAAUCACUUAAAUUAGCUCAUCUUGGAUUGGCUAUGUGUGAUGAUAUUUAACAUGAUGCAAUAAAGUCAUUAAUGGAUUCUAAAUUUGGUAAGACAUUGACUUCUUUAGAAGUAUCUGGAUCUUACUCUUCAAAAAGCUAAAUUGUUGGAAUGUUUUCAUAAGAAUAAAUUAUUUGGAAAGAUUUCAAUCUUAAAACUCUUUAUAUUGAGCUUUUUUUAGAUUAAGGAUGCUAUUAUUAACAUGUAGGAAAAUAAUAACUUUAAUUUUAAAAAUCAUAACAAUUACAUUUUAAAUUAUCUCAAUUAGAUCCAUAUUAUAAAUCAUUUUUUGAGACACAUAUGUAUUCAAUAAUAGAUUAAAUAAUUUUCAUUAAAAAAAUUAAAGUUGUUCUAAAAGUUCAAUAUACUGAUGAAGAUUUAAUUGCUUAAUACUUAACUAAUUUUAUUGAAUAGAAUAAUCUCUUAGACUAAUUACUGACUAAUGAUAAUCAAUUAUUUGUUAACAAUCUUUGUAUUUUAUCAUAUGUUUUAUAAUCAAUAACAAAAGCUUCAGCUAAAAUAUGUGAUGUUGAAGAAAAGAAUUCUUAAGAAAAUUAGAUUUCUAUUAUUUAAAUUAAUUAUUUAGAUCCAAUUGAGAAAGAAAAAAUUAAUGUUUCUUAAAUUAGAAACUUAGUAUUAAUCAAGUAAGAUAUGUUAAGGGAUAAAGAUCUAGCAUUAGUAGGAAAAUACUCUGAAACCAUAUUUUCAUAAUUGUCAUAUAUUUAAAUUAAAGGUAAAAUUAAUAAUCAUUUAGGUUGUAAACAAAUUACUAUAAAAGGCUUAAAAUUAUUAGGAGAUAAAUUAAAUCAUUAAUUACAAUUUUUAGAUGUAAGGAAAACAUAAAUUAAAUUAAACGAUCAUUCUCAAAUUCUAACUGAUUUUAUUAAUCUCACUUCGUUCAAUAAUAAUAAAAUUCAACUAGACUUUAAUCAAGUAUAUUUUAAUUUUAAAAUAGAAAAAUACUAAAGAAGACUUAAUAUCAUGGCUAAAUCUGUUGUUUAGAUUAUUAUCAUUAAAGAAAUUAAGUAUUAAAAAUACUAAUAAAUAAUCAAUUUUUAAUAUGUUUUUAAUGAGAUUUGUAGCUUAGAUGGUUAAGAAUAAUCAUUUAUCUAUGAAAAAAUUAUACUUAUAAUGUUUUUUGAACAUUGCAGAUUUGUAAUAAUUUUAUAUUAAAUUAGCUAAUUAUACUAAGAAGAAAGUUUGACUGAAUUAUGUGAAAGUCUUUAAUUAAGUUUCAAUAUAAAAACAUUUUAUUUAGAAAUUUCUGGAUUAAUUAAACACUAAUUUAUUAUAGAUGUAUUUAACACUUUAAUUAAUACUUAAAUUACAAACUUAAACUUAUAACUUGAAAAGUAUAUUAAUUCUGUAUUAUAGAUAAAAGUUGUAAUAUUAUUGAUGAAAUCUAUAUUAAUAAAUAAACCAAUGCUCAUUACUUUAAAACAUUAGAAUUCAGCACUUUAAAUUUAACUCAACUUGACAUAAUCCUUUAUAAUACAUUAUAAUUAGAAAACUUAACAGCUGUAUUUUCUCUAAAUGAAAACAAAUUCGAUAGUUUAAUUUAUCUUUUUUAAAAUAACUAAUUAGUCAACUUAAAAGUUGAAUUAUAACAAGCAAAAAUAGAACAAUUUUUAGAAAUUUUAUCAGUUAUAAACACUGAAAAUUUAAAAACAGUUGAUUUUAUGAUAAAUAAGUAAAAAGGUUUUUUUUAUAUUAUAGUAUUUAAAUUAAUGAAAAUGUUCUCUAAAAGCUAUUAGAAUUUCUACUUAAGAGUAAAAAAUUGAUAGAAUUCACGAUUUCAAUGAUUGGGUAAGUAUUUUAAGUAACUUUAGAUGUGGGUGUACUAAAUAAAUGAUGGAUAAGUAUUUUAAAAGCAAUAUGUAAGUUUUUAAAAUCCCAUAACUGAAAUUUUAUUAUUGA